GUUCUUUAAAAGAAGGAAGAAAGCUCGAGGUUGCAAAUAAGUCUACUCCGUUUGUCUAGGAGUGGCGUUUGUCAAUAAAAUACUAAUUAUGAAUGUUUGCGUGUUAAUUUAAACACCUUAUGUCUGAUGAUAAUUAUUGUGUUAUUACUCCUACAAUAAUUUCUGUAGUCAUUACAGUUUUGAUAGUGAUUAUUGCCUUGUGUGGGGACAAACUGCUAACCAAAGUUGAUAACCAUUUCUUUAAAGCAAUUAUUGAUAAUACCACACAUGCAUCCAUUGGCCUUUUUUCAUGGGCUAUUGUAGUUUUCAGUUCGAAUUCCAUUCAUAAUUUGAAACUCAGUCAUUUUGCUGAAAUACUGAGCUGUGGCAUUAUUGCAUCAUUCAUUGAUCUAGACCAUUUCAUUGCCGCUAGAUCAUUAACACUGCAGGAUGCAUUGCAUUUGAAUAGAAGACCACCUUUUCAUUCUACUUCAUUGUUAAUUUUGGUUUUCUUCUCAUUCUAUAUUUCUGGCAAGGUUUUAAAUAUCAAUGUGUUGAACCAGAUGAGUUGGAUCAUUUUUGUUGCUGGAGGAAGUCAUCAUUUGCGAGAUGGUGUUAGGCGUGGACUAUGGUUCCCUCCUUUUGGGUCAACACCUCCUCUCCACCAUGUUAUCUAUUUGGGAUCUCUUGCACUUCUUCCACAUAUUGUAGCUUUUUUGAUGCCAAACAUUUCGGCACCAAAAGUGACUAGAUAUAUGAUAGUGUAAAUAUGACACAUUUUAAUGUUCUCAAUAUGAGUAAUCUUCAUAUUGCUAUGUACAUUAUGUAAUAUAUCUAUUAUAUUAUUUAAACAUAUAUUCUAUUCAUCAUUACUACUUUAGAAAUAUUACCUGUGAUUAAUUAUGAUGGCAAUGAUGUUUUAUAAAUACUUGUUUGGUUACAAAUGAAAUGGAUAUUUUAUUAGCUAUUGCAUAUUGAACUUGAAAUAAUAAGUAAAAUCCAUCCAUUUCACUGCUCAUAUCGAUAAAUCAUUGUUUCCGUCCUAUAUUGAGCAUAUAUUUAUAUUUUU